UAUUAUUCUUCUCUUUAUUCUACAGCCGCUCCCCCUGAUGACAGUGAAUCACCUGCCUCUCCUGACAAAACAGCAGUGGCAGAAAGGGACCAUCUAGAUGAUAUUGAGAAGGAGCUAUUGGAAAAAAUUGAGAAAAUUGCCCGAGGAGAAGAUGUGGAGCCAGAGAAACAGGUCACAAUUUGGGAUUUUGCAGGUCAGGAUGUCUACUACACCACGCACCAAACGUUCCUCUCAGAACGGAUCAUCUACUUGUUGGUAUUCCGACUUGACCAGGACCUCGAUGAUAAAAUCCCUGUAUACAGGGGAGAGAAGACGCUGAAAGAGUUUAUUAUGUUUUGGUUAAACUCAAUCCAUAUGCACACUAUUGGAAAAUUGAGGGAAGAAGACAAAAAUGCCAUGCCAUACGUCUUGAUUAUUGGAACUCAUAAGGACAUGUUAUGCCCACAGGGUGACGUUGAAAAGAUUUUUGAUAAACUCAAGAAGUGUCUCGACGACAAUCAGGUACUCAAGGACCACGUCUACCGAUGUUUUGCCGUAAGCAACUUGGCCGAAGAUGAUAGGGAGUUUGCUGAAAUAAAAAGAGCAAUCGAAGACUUGUGCGGAUAUAGCAGCAACAGUAUUGCUACUGUUCAACAUCUUUCAGUGAAUUGGAUUAAAUUGGAAAUGAAUUUGGCAGAGAAGAGUGAAGAAACACCCAUCAUAACUAUUGAAAAACUGAGGGAAAUGGCGAAAAGGGUAGGACUCCCUGAUGAAGAAUUACAAGAAAAAUUCAUUCCUUACCAUCACCAUCAAGGCGACAUCCUACACUUCAAAGUGGAUGGACUGGAAAAUGUCGUCAUAAUAGAUCCACUUUGGUUAGCAGUUGUGUUUUCUGCCAUCAUGACCAAUGCCAGCAGUCAACCUGGAGGCAGUCACUUAGAUCUCCUGAAAGACGAUCUGAAAAGAGGAGUGCUCAAUGAGGAGGUAUUUGAUGAAUAUCUAAAACAAAUCAAAAUGGCCGAAAAAAAGACUGAAAUCAUUCAACUUAUGCUGCAUUUCGACUUGAUGUUAGAAAUAUCCCAGUCAGUUGAAAACCCUCUGCCCGGGUCUGGAAAGAGAAGAUUCGUCGUGCCCAGUAUGCUGGUAUCCAAUAACAGUGUAAAUAACGCCUUGUCUGAGACGGAUCCACAGAAAUAUUUGCUUAUCGCAUUCCCUCACAUUCUGUUUCCUACCGGGUUGUUUCAUCUUCUGAUCAUCCGUCUUCUUAGGAAGUAUAGAGCUCAGGAAUAUAAACAUAACAUUCCAGUUGUUGGGUUUGACCAUGCCUCCUUCCGUUUGGGAGACGAACAGUCGGUGCUCCAUCUCGCCAUUGAAGAAAGGGCCAUGAGAAUGAUGAUAACAAACGCUACUGGAAACAAACCAAAACCUGACAUAUACUCCAACGCACGGGAAACCGUUGAAAAAGAACUGUCAACUCUUCGGGACACGUACUGUCCCAGGAUGCAGUUAGGCUUUUGCAUUCGGUUAAAAGACAAAGGAAAAGAUAUUCCAAUAAAAGCAGAAGACGUCCAAGAAAACGAUGAGAUAUGUAGAUCUGUAGAGGGCACUGAAAUGCCAAUUGAUGUGACACCAUAUCAUGUUUGGUUUUCAGUGAGUGCACAGGCAGUACAAGCAAGUGAUUCAGGUGCGAAUGCCCCAGAUGUGUCAUCUGUUUAUACACAGAGGUUUGCAAGGCUGAGUUAUCUCGUUAUUGAACUUGGAACAAAAGUCAUAAGAACUUUCUUUCUCAAGGAUGUUGUUAGGCCUAGCAUCACUAAUGGUGAGCACAUCAGUGAUAAAGAUGCAGUGCUUCAGUUUUUUGGUAAGCAUGACGUGAUAAGGGAACUUGAGAAACUCAAGAAAACAAAAGUCAUAUAUGCUUCUCAGUGGAAUCUGUUGUACCCUGCCUCUGGUCAUACAGAUGUGGAAAUGUUUGACAUUACAUUGCUGGUGUUAUUGAUAAGAAAUCUUCACCCAGACAAAGCCAACCUGAAAUGGUCAGCGCUCAAAGAAAAUGCCACUUUACCUUCCUCUCCACAAACAACACAAGGUUUCAUCAACCACAUCCAGCGGCUUAAGAAUGUCAGGAACUAUAUACAGCAUUCUGCCACAUUUGGGAUCCAAGACAUGGAGAAAUUCUGCACGAAGUGGGAAAUCGCCUGUGCUUCUGUUCUAGCACUUGGUGCAGAUCCAAAUGAAGUGGAAAAGGUACAGAAAUCCAUCUUUAGCAUACAGGAGAUAGAUACAAUAGUGUGUGAAAUACGCAGCUCGGCCGAAGAUAACAAACGGCAUUUCGACAACAGAUUUGACAGGCUUGAAUUACUAAUAUUGUCCUCUGUAUGUGCCGUUUUCUUUGCCGUCCUCAUUGCGUUAGCCAUAAAUUACCAGUGGUGGAUUUAGGGGGCGGAGAAGGGGUCAGGGGGAUCCUGAUUUCUGAAAAAAAAUCACACUAGUAUUCCCCUCUUGAAAUUAGAAUUUUGACUAGCUGAAUUAUAGUUCUAAAUAGAACCGAAUGACACUGUUCUCCCUAUAAAGUACCAAAUUUCUUCGGGGCCUUUUAUAUCUCAUGGAACUGAAUCAGUUGCCAGUUUUUCAUGUUACCUGUAGUGCAUUAUGCAAGAGGGUAAGAGUGAUUAUGCUAUUAUAUAACAGUGCAUCAAAAUUUGCAAAAACAUUAUUUUGUGCACUUUUUUUCUGUAGUCUGAAUAUUUCACAGUUUAACUUUUGCUGCCUUGUUUCUUGGUGUCUGUAUGUUUGCAAGCUUUGUAUACUUUUUAAUUGAAAUGUUGGAAUAUAAGUAAAAGUAAAAUGUCUGGAUAUUAGGUAAGAUUUUUUGAAAAUAUUUACCAGAUUAUACAUAAUAUUGCUUAUUGUAAAAACUUCCAAGUCUAAGAUUUCAUUCUAGAGUUUUAUCAUGUCUAUUAAAAAGUUUUGAAGUGCAAAACAUGUUUGCAAAAAAAAGACAAGGUUAUGUCAUUGUAGUAUUUUUAAUAAUUAUCCAUCCAUCAACUAUUAUAGUAGUUUAACUUCAUUUACAACAUAUUUACAAUAUAUAUAUAUAUAUAUAUAUAUAUAUAUAUAUA